GAUGGUAUCGGUUAUGUAGGCUAUAAUGUGGAGGCGUUUCAGUUGGACACCAUAAUUACGCUUGAAUAACAGUGAGACAGGACAUUCUCGACUGGUUUAUUAACCACUUAAUGUUUAAAUUGUACGGCUGGCUAAAGAAGUAAAUGGAAAUCAAGAAAAAAACGUGUUUUGUUUUGUUUUAUAUGUGCUGUUUUUUGGCAUGUGUCGCCAAAGGAUUGGACAAACCGAGGAUUACGCUGAACGCGGAAGAUAACAUCUUCAGAAAUUACUCUCUGGGGGGUAAUCACAGCCGGGUAGAGCUUCUUCAGGGGCCUUCUGACACCACCCUCUAUGUUGGCGGCGACGGCAAACUCUUCCUCAUCGAUUUCCAGAAGCGCAACCACUCUGAGAUCCCCUUGACAUACAAUGUCACCUUAAUGCACAGAUAUCCAAACACACAGUACCUCUAUGUAUGUGGAACCCAUGGAGAACCGGUGUGCUGUAAUGUGUCUAUGAAGCUGACGAACAGCAGUGAACCUUUACCUGCCCAAGGAAUCGCCCCAUUUGGUGUGGAUGAACAAGCGCCAUCUUUGUUUAUUGAGGAUGAACUGUACACCACUGCCAGUUAUGAGAAGUCGGGUAGCAAGAUUGGAAUUCGUCGUUGGAGUGAUGGAUCAAUGGGCAGCAUCUGGUCAAAUCAAGAAAACACCCAAGACCUGAGGUACGUAGCACUGGCGUGGAGCGGACCCAAAGAGAAUAAGCUGCAGGACAAAGUGUAUGCCUUCAUGUGGGAGAAGAAUCCGGACCCCUCUCGGGAGGCUGAGCUCUGGGUCCCUCUUGUCACACAGAUUUGCAAAGUGGAUCGCGGAGGCCCGAAAAGUUGCCUGCAGAAGUCCUGGACAUCCCAUCUGAGGGCCCGGCUGUCAUGCGGCAUCCCUGACAGAAAGCUGUACUUCAGCAAACUGGUGGACGUGACCAUCCUAUAUGCAGAGAGAUGGAAUGAGGGCCGGGCGUACGCACUCUUCAGCAACGGCUGGAACAUGUCUGCAGUGUGCAUUUACACCUUGGGUGACAUCGACCGUGUCUUCACAACAUCCUCCUUCAGAGAACACCCAGGCCAGGUUCCACAACCAAGGCCCGGGAUGUGCGUUAGUGACAGCACGAAGCUUCCACGGGAUGUCCUGAAAAUGAUGAUGGGACCGUUGGAGAUGCAGGAAUGGGUGAAACCCGUGGGUGACAGACCUCUGAUCAUUAGCAGGCACCAGUACACACGCAUAGAAGUGGACAGCGUGAUGGCUGUGGACGGCACGCAGUACAGCGUCCUGUUCCUAUCCUUGGAGGAUGGGCGUAUCCACAAGGUCCUGGAGGUCAUGGGCCAGUUCUUCAUCAUAGCCGAGCUCAAUGUCUUCCAGCGAAAGACUGUCAUCCAGAACAUGCUUCUGCAGAACUCCACGAAGAAGCUGUAUGUUAGUAACGGCGUAGAGGUGUUGGAGGUGGACCUGCACGCUUGCAAGAAGUAUGGGACUCAGUGUGUAGAUUGUGUCCAGGCCCGGGACCCCUACUGUGGCUGGGAUGCUAUAUCCCAGACAUGCACCGCAGCCUCCAGUGGAACAAUUCAGGAUGUGCAGCAUGGAGAUUUUCGUCGCUGUGAAGACCUUCCUGUAUCUUCAGCGCUCCACAGCUUGCCGUUCGUGACGGAGGUGCCACUCCAGGCUGCCCACUUCUUGAAUUGCCCCAUGCGCUCAGGCCACGCCGAGUACAACUGGUACUAUAACGACGAUUCCCAGGGCUGCGUUUCCACGGACAAAGGCUGUUUGCUGCUGAUAGAGACAAUGGGCCCGGAUCAUGACGGCAAAUACGAGUGUAAAGCCUCUGAAGGGGGCUACGAGAGAACAGUGGCCCUGGCUCAGCUGCAGACUGCAGGCAGGGCGGCAGGGCUGCCCCCCCCACUGGCUGGAGCAGUGUGCCUUCUGUCCUGUUUCACCUUCUUCCUGUAGUUCUCACUCCUCUUAAUCCACUUAUUACUUUGCCUUAAAGCAUAUCGAACUUUCUUCCCCAAACAUUGGACUGAACUGAAAAGAUUCAUACAUAAAUAUGCAAACGUAAACGUACAGGUUGCGAACUUUCACCAGCUGGCUGGAGUGAGCCAUUCAGUUCAAGGCAACUCUGUAUAUGCAUUCAUAUAUGUAAGUUUUAUUCUCUUGUAAAUAAUCUGUAGGGUUUUAAUAUAGCUAAUAUAAACACUUUGAAUUCCUCAUUUUGAGUAUGAAUAUACUAGAAAUUAUAUUUUUUACACACAUCUAUUUCUGAAAAAGCCAAUGCAUGUAAUGUACCCUAACAGUAUCUACAGAAAAAAAAAUGUUCUGUGACAAUUAUAAAUUGUUGAACGCUGAAUGACA